AUGGAGAAACAACAGGCGCCAGCAUUGACAGGAAGUAAUCUUGAUCUGGCUCUUGCGGCUCCCUCUGCGGCUACGCGGAGGUUGGGUCCUGGGUUCAGAUUUCACCCCACCGACGAGGAGCUGGUGGUGUACUACCUCCGUCGUAAGGUCCGUGGGAAGCCAUUCCAUGUGGAGGCGAUUGCUGUGGUCGAUAUCUACAAGCAUGAGCCAUGGGAGCUUCAUGCGUUUUGUGCAGUGAAUAGCACAGACCAAUCGUCCGGCCAGGCGUUGGGCGGCCACAUGAGACGCCACCGUAACUCCACCGCCGCCGCCGCCGCCGCCUCGCAGUUGAGCCCCAGCUCUUCCAGCUUGGAGAAAAGGGUACCACCCCAAAAGGAAGAAAAUAAUAAUAAUAAUGGGAAAUGUUUGAAUUUGGAUCUCAACCUCCUCCCCGCCGGAAAAGAUAAUCAAGAUCACCGUCGUGCAAGGGAGCUGCCGGAAAAUCAAGAACAACAACCUCCGCCAGUUGAACCAACGCUUUUUCUGUCCACCACCUCACCGCUGGUUGGCUGCAAAUACAUAUAA